AUGUCUGUCGCGGACCAAAAGCGAGAGGUUGACGAGCAAGCAACUGCCGCCGGCGUUUCCAUGAGAAAUUUCGCCCACCUGGACCAGAAGAAAAUCCUCCGCAAGAUGGACGUCCGCAUCGUUCCCAUCCUCGCUCUCCUCUACCUCAUGUCCUUCCUCGACCGCUCCAAUAUCGCAAACGCCAAAGUGGAGGGCCUGAGCGAAAGCCUCAACAUGUCCAGCGGCCAAUACAACUGGACGCUGACCAUCUUCUUCUUCUCCUACUGCGCCUUCGACCUUCCCAGCAACAUCGUCCUCAAGAAGCUACGACCUAGCAUAUGGCUACCAAUAACCGUACUCGCCUGGGGCAUCGUAAUGACGCUCAUGGGUCUCGUGCAAAGUUACAAGGGCCUCCUCACAGCACGAUUUUUCCUUGGGCUUACGGAAGCCGGACUCUACCCCGGAGCAUCCUUCUACAUAACGACAUGGUACUGCCGCGGCGAAGCCCUCUGGCGCCAAUCCCUCUUCUUCAGCGCCGCCAGCAUCGCCGGCGCCUUCUCCGGCCUCCUCGCCUUCGCCAUCGCCAAAAUGGACGGCAUCGGCGGCCUCGAAGUGUGGCGCUGGAUCUUCAUCCUCGAAGGCCUCGGCACCGUCCUCGUCGCCCUCCUCUCCUACUUCGUCAUCUGGGACUACCCGCAAACCGCCACCUUCCUCACCGCCGAGGAGCGCGCCUUCGUCGUCCACCGCCUGAAGUACCAAAUCUCGGACCUCAACACCGCCCCCGACCUCGACUCCUCCGGCCGCCUCGUCGUGCCGCAAAACGACGACGCCAUCCGCUGGACGCACGUGCGCGCCGCCAUCCUCGACUGGCAGAUCUGGGUCAACAUCGUCGUGUACUGGGGGAUAGCGUGCCCGCUGUACGGCAUCGCGCUGUUCCUGCCGACCAUCAUCCAGACGGAGAUGGACGUGUCGCCGUCGACGGCGCAGCUGCUGACCAUCCCCAUCUACGUCUCGGCGGCGGCGAGCUCCGUGCUCUUCGCGUUCCUCAGCGACCGCCGCGGGCAGCGCUCGCCCUUCCUCCUCUUCUUCUUCCUCGCCAUGGCCGUCGGCUUCGUGACGUGCGUGUCGUCGGCGCGCCCCGGCGUCGUCUACGCCGGCGUCUACAUCGCCGCCUGCGCCAUCUACCCGGCCUUCCUCGCAAACGUCACUUGGCUGAGCAACAACCUCGCGGGGACGUCCAAGCGCGCCGCCGGCAUGGGCAUCCAGAUUGGCUUCGGCUCCUUGGGCGGUGCAAUCGCAUCCAACUUCUACCGCGACCGCGACGCGCCGCGCUACGUGCUGGGCCACGCGCUCGAGCUGGGCUUCAUCCUCGCGGGCGCCACGGCCGCCGCCGUGCUGAUGCUCAGCUACUCGGUGCUCAACCGGCGCCGCCAGACGGCCGUCACGCGCGGCGCCCACUUCGACUACACGUCGCGCCAGCUGAGCGAGAUGGGCGACCGGGCCGUCACGUUUCGGUAUUUCUUGUGA